AUGUCGUCGCACGUCGUCGUCAUCGCCACGGAUCUGAGGCGCACAACCGUCAAAGUCAGUCCGGGCACGUACCUGUCAGACGUCCUCGAGGAAGCUUGCAAGAAGCUCGGCUUGGACAGCAACAAGUACCUGAUAAAACACAAGCAAAAGCAAGUCGACCUCUCCAUACCCUUCCGCACCUCGGGCCUCAUCGCCGGCGCCAAGCUCGAGCUCGUCCAAAAGUCCAAGACGCCCUCCGCCGUCCAGAUCGCCCUGCAGCUGCCGCAGCCUGAAGCCAAGGAGAUCCCCGGCGGCCGGCUGAUCAACAAGUUCCCCUCGGACCUGUCAAUAUGGCAGGUGCUGCGGCAGUUUGAGAGCGGCGAGGCCAGCGCGGGCAAGAACAUCAACAUCACGGCCAGGGGCGUGGCCGAGACGGUCGGCGGCGGCGGCUCGGGCGCCGGGCAGCUUUACUACGAGACGCCGGUCCUGAACAUCAUGGGGAGGGAGCUGGCGUCGUUGGCCGACUUUCAGAAGACGCUGUCGCAGCUGGGGCACAACUCCGGGAAUGUCCUGAUACGGCUGACGUUUAGGAGGACUGACCAGACGCUCUAUGAGGCGAUGGAGCAGAUUGGGGCAUUCUUCAAGGAGGAAGAGAGGAUCAAGGUAGAAGAUAAGAUCAAGGAGGAAGAGAAGAGUGCGGCAUCGGCAUCGGCAUCGGCCGCUGAGCAGGAGAAACCUCAAAACCCACCCGCGGAUAGAGAUACACCCAUGGCCGAAGCUCCGUCAGAGCCCGUGGACAACUCGACAACAGCCCGGGAGCAUGACGAUGCUUCGGCUCAAGUCACACAAGACGCAACCACCUCACAAUCACUACAGGGCGAUGGCCAACAAACCACGCAAGAACCGAAUAAGAACUCGGAACUCCUGUCCCGCUUCCAGCCAGUCAAUAUCUUUCUGGCACCCACGAACUCGACCCCCGCCGCAGCCCUGCUCCCAGCCGACGAGGACGACUUCACGCCCACCAUCGCCCACGCCCAGCUCCACCAAGCCCGGCUACAGGAGAGCUCCCGCAACAGGCGGCUCCUGUCGGACAAGGAAAUCGAGGAAAGGGAGGCCGCCGAGCGGGCCAAGAUCGCGGCCGUCAAGUCCGUGCUCAUCAAGGUGCGCUUCCCGGACAACACCAGCAGCGACUGGGAAGUCAGUCCGUCGGACACGGGCGCGUUCCUGUAUCAAGCGGUGCGGCACGUCAUGGCCGACAGCGAGCAGCCCUUCCACCUGGUCAUCCCGGGCAGCAAGACGGUGAUCAAGGACGACGACGCGCCCCAGCAUAGCCUGAUCAGGGCGUAUAAGCUUUCCGGGAGGGUGCUCGUCAGUCUGGUGUGGGACGACGGCGUGCCGGCCGAUGUGAGGAAGCGGCCCUUUUUGAAGGCCGACUUUGCGCAGCAGGGGCAGGCCAUCAAGGUGCCUGAGAUACCGACGGCGGAGGACGACGACAAGGAUGGGCCGAGCGUGGUGCCGCAGGUCCAGAAGGCGCCGGAGAAGAGGGAUGGCGGAGAGGGUUCUGGGAAGAAGAUGCCCAAGUGGCUCAAGUUGGGGAAGAAGUAG